AUGCUGUCUGAAUCAGCUGACAAGACCAUCAAGCUGUGGAAGGCUGGACGUUGUGAGACGAUGUUUACAUGUGAAAGAUUAAUGCACUCACUAACCACAGUGCCCUUCAUAAAUAUUGUGGCAGUUCUGGGGCCAGAUAUCACUGAAUGUCUUUGGUAGACGCACAAAUAUCAUACCCCCAAGACAUGCUAACCUCUCACCAUUACAAUAAUGGGAGGUUAGCCUUUUUAUUGGGGGGUAUGAUAUUUGUGCGUCUAACAUUCUCACUAAUCAUCAACAAAUUUGUAGAGUCACAAGCUUGAUGGAGUCAUUGUGUGCUAUGAAUAUGGGACCAAAUACUAAACGUUUGACUACUUUAAUACACAUAAGUGAAUUUGUCCCAAUACUUUUGGACCCCUAAAAUGAGGGUCCUAUGUACAAAAAGUGCUGCAAUUUCUAAACUGUUCACCCGAUGUGGAUGAAAAAACCUUCAAAUUAAAGCUGACAGUCUGCACUUUAACCUCAUAAUUAUUAUAUCAUUUCAAAUCCAAAGUGCUGGAGUAUACAGCCAAAACAACCAGAAAUGUGUCACUGUCCCAAUACUUUUGGAGUUCACUGUAUGUAUUGAUAUCGACAGUCAGGUCCAAAAUUAUUGGCACCAUUGAUAAAGAUUAACAAAAAAUACUGUGCUACAGUAUAUUGUAUGCAAACAAAACAUGGGAAAUCUGUAUUUUUUUGUACUCGUACAAUUGCUCAGAGGAAGAAAUGUUGUUUAACAAGUAACCAUUCACAUUUUUGGCACCCCUGUUUUCAAUGCCUUUCAAUACCUCACCUUGCAAGGAUAAUGGCGCUGAGCCUUUAUCUAAAAUGUUUUAUGAGAUUGGACAACACAUUGGCAGGGAUCUUAGACCAUUCCUCCGUAUAGAAUCUUUCCAGAUCCUUCAUCUGCACUUAUGGACUGCCCUCUUCAAUUUAAAGUUUCCAAUGGGGUUUAGGUCAAGAGACUGAGAUGGCCAUUGGAGAAUCUUGAUUUUGUGGUCAAUUAAUUCAUUUCUUUGUGGAUUUUGAUGUGUGCUUGGUGUUAUUGUCUUGCUGGAAGAUCCACUUGUGGCCCAGUUUCAGCUUCCUGAUUAAAUAGCAUGAUUACACAGGUGCACCUUGUGCUGGGGACAAUAAAAGGGCACUCUAAAAUGUGCAGUUUUGUCACACAACACAAUGCCACAGCUGUCUCAGGUUUUGAGGGAGCGUGCAAUUUGCAUGCUGACUGCAGGAAUGUCCACCAGAGCUUUUGCCAGAGAAUUGAAUGUUAAAUUCUCUACCCUAAGCCGCCUCCAACGUCAUUUUAGAGAAUUUGGCAGGACAUCCAACCAACCUAACAACCGCAGACUACGUGUAUGGCGUCGUGUGGGUGGUUUGCUGAUGUCAUCGUUGUGAACAGAUUGCCCCAUGGUGGCGGUGGGGUUAUGGUAUGGGCAGCCAUAAGCUACGGACAACGAACACAAUUGCAAUUUAUUAAUGACAAUUUGAAUGUACAGAGAUACCGUGACAAGAUCAUGAGGCCCAUUGUCGUGCCAUUCAUCCGACGCUAUCACCUCAUGUUUCAGCAUGAUAAUGCACGUCCCCAUGUCACAAGGAUCUGUACACAAUUCCUGGGAGCUGAAAAUGUCCCAGUUCUUCCAUGGCCUGCAUACUCACCAGAUAUGUCACCCAUUGAGCACGUUUGGGAUGCUCUGGAUAGACGUGUACGACAGCAUAUUCCAGUUCCCGCCAAUAUCAAGUGGGACAACAUUCCACAGGCCACAAUCAACUGCCUGAUAAACUCUAUGUGAAGGAGAUGUGUCGCGCUGCAUGAGACAAAUGGUGGUUACACCAGAUACUGACUGGUUUUCUGAUCUACGCCCCUACUUUUUUUUAAAGGUGUCUGUGACCAACAGAUGCAUAUCUGCAUUCCCAGUCUUGAUAUCCGUAGAUUAGGGCCUAAUGAAUUGAUUUCAAUUGAUUGAUUUCCUUAUAUGAACUGUAACUCAGUAAAAUAUUUGAAAUCGGUGCAUGUUGCAUCUAUAUUUUUGUUCAGAAUACAUACAGUGCCUUCAAAAAGUAUUCAUACCUCUUGACUUAUUCCACAUUUUGUUGUGUUAAAGCCUAAAUUCUAAAUGGAUUAAAUAUUUUUUUUCUCAACCAUCUACACACAAUACCCCAUAAUGACAAAGUGAAAAUAUUUUUUUAGAAAUGUUUGCAAAUUAAAUACAUAAAUAUCUCAUUUACAUAAAUAUUCACACCACUGAGUCUAUACUUUGUAGAAUCACCUUUGGCAGCGAUUACAGCUGUGAGUCUUUCUGGGUAAGUCUCUAAGAGCUUUCCACACCUGGAUUGUGCAACAUUUGCCCAUUAUUCUUUUAAAAUGCUUCAAGCUCUAUCAAAUUGGUUGUUGAUCAUUGCUAGACAACCAUUUUUAGGUCUUGCCAUAAGCUUGCAAGUAGAUUUCAGUCAAGACUGCAACUCGGCCACUCAGGAACAUUCACUGUCUUCAUGGUAAGCAACUCCAGUGUAGAUUUGGCCUUGUGUAUCCUGAAAAACUCCCCAGUCCUUAACGAUUACAAGCAUACCCAUACCAUGAUGCAGCCACCACUAUGCUUGAAAAUAUGGAGAGUGGUACUCAGUAAUGUGUUGUAUUUGAUUUGCCCCAAACAUAACACUCUGUUUUCAGGCCAAAAAGUGAAUUGCUUUGCCACAUUUUUUGCAGUGUUACUUUAGUGCCUUGAAGCAAGUUUUUGAAUAUUUUUUGUUCUGUACAGGGUUCCUUUUCACUGUCAAUUAGUUUAGUAUUGUGGAGUAACUACAAUGUUGUUGUUCUUUUCUCAGUUUUCUCCUAUCACAGUCAUUCAACUUUGUAACUGUUUUAAAGUCACCAUUGGCCUCAUGGUGCAAUCCCUGAGCGGUUUCCUUCCUCUCCGGCAACUGAGUUAGGAAGGACGCCUGAAUCUUUGUUGUGACUGGGUAUAUUGAUACACCCUCCAAAGUCUAAUUAAUAACUUCACCAUGCUCAAAGGGAUAUUCAAUGUCUGCUUUUUUAUUUAUACCCAUCUACCAAUUCGUGCCCUUCUUUGCGAGGCAUUGGAAAACCUCCCUGGUCUUUGUGGGUGAAUCUGUGUUUGAAAUUCACUGCUCGAUUGAGGGACCUUACAGAUAAUUGUAUGUGUGGUUACAGAGAUGAGGUAGUCAUUGAAAAAUCAUGUUAAACACUAUUAUUGCACACAGAGUGAGUCCAUGCAACUUAUGUGACUUGUUAAGCACAUUUUUACUCCUAAACGUAUUAUUUCGGCUUGCCAUAACAAAGGGAUUGAAUACUUAAGGGGGAAGAAAGCUCAAUUUAAUCUAUUUUAAAUUCAGGCUGUAACACAACAAAAAAUGUGGAAAAAGUCAAAGGGUGUGAAUACUUUCUGAGGGCACUGUAGCUAUUUGUAUUAUUUGAUUAAUUGUUUUUUUUGCUUAUCUUUAUCAAGGGUGCCAAUAACUUUGGACUUGACUGUAUAUUCAAUUAACAGAAACUAUAAAAACAUUACAUGCACAACAUCACUGUUUGGUUAUUAUAGUUUUUUGCAUGUACAGUCCCUGGUCACUGACAUCUUACAUGAAUGAUAAACUUAUUUGACCAAUCAAGCUUUAGUAAAACCUGCACAACUAAAAACCACAGAUGCACAUGGAAGUGGAGUAAUCCAGAAACCCCCUUGUUGUAUUGUAGUGUAUACAGUAUGAUUACACAUUAAGAUGUCUGUGUGUCUGUCUCCCAGGGAAUCGGGACGGCCAGACACGGCUUAUCAAAGAGGGCCAGAACGUGGAGGCGUACCAGUGGAGCGUGGCCGACAGCCGCUGGAUGAAGAUUGGAGAUGUGGUGGGAGGGUCCAACCAGCAGACCUCCAAGAAAGUCAACUAUGAGGAAAAGGUGAGGCGCACCCCAACGUUGGGUGAAUGA